CUGGUACCCAUAGUCUGCUUCGCAUGUGUCGGGAUGUAUUAUGCGAAUCAGUUGUUCGUAUUCGACAGAGUGAGUCUGUAAUCAAGGAAAUCUAGGGACGACUGGGUUACCCUUUUUCAGCCACGGACUUAUUAAAGAACAUGGGUACUUGAAUAUGCUACUCGCAGCCAGCUUACCGCAGUUUAUACUGUCCUACUCCUUUUAUUCGUACACGUUCUUAUUUACACGUUUAAUAUCCGAGAUUGAAUUCAAUUCCUAUAGCCUGGUACCGCCUAAACCACUUCGUGUAUCAUAUCCCACGGGCGACCAGGUUUCAACCUAUUGGCUGCAGUUACCAUAUCUUUAUAGCUUGCCUCUUCUUGCUGCGAGUUUGCUUCUGCAUUGGCUUGCUUCCAGCUCGCUCUACAUCUUCGCAACCCAAGGGAGCUACCUAGCAGAUGACUAUGGCCAGGACUCCUGGAAACCCAGUCAUAAAUGGGGCAUAAUUGACGGGACAGUCAUAGUGCUAGGCUUCUGGCCCCUUGGCAUCGUAAUUACCCUAUGUGCGGGUCUGGCGAUGGUAGUUUUCCCAAUCAUAUAUGGUCUUCGUAGGCUUCCGGGCAAUAUGGUAUUUGGGGCGUGCGACUCGCUCGUGUUGUCGGCAGCGUGUCACCCCCACGUAUCAUCAUCUUCUAUACCCGACCAAGAUAGCCUUUACGCAGGCGAAGGUUCGGAAAGCGAAAACGGAGAGACUAGUCAGGUUGUUGAGCAGGAAUUGUUACGUGCACUUUCCAGGGGGAAACUGAGAUGGGGUGUUACAGAGAUACCCUCAAGUAUACCCACGACAGCGGACGAUCAACGGAACAUGAUGCACUUGAGCUUUACUGGCGCUGAUGAGUUUUUAUCCGAGCCUGUGGAUAAUCACUUAUAUGUUUGAGCAAAAUACUGACCGAGAUUGAGAAAUAACUAAUAUAACUCUAAGAACUACCUAAAUAUCAUAUAACUAUCUCAUUCAAGGAUGCUUCAGUUCCUGGACUACCCAAGAUUAGGCAGGUACAGAUCUUAUCCCACAAUA